AACACAUCACACCGCUUCUUCAUUCUACUCCUUUUGCUCCCCACUGAUUGUCUCCUUUAAAUUCCUCACCAUCUUUACCAUUAUUCCUCAUAAAUUUCAGAACUUUUUCUGCAAAUGGUACCUUUUAAUGGAGGACAUAGAUUUUUCAAGUUCAGAAUCACAAUUUUCUUUAACCUUUCUAUUUCUACUUCACCCUGAUUUUCUUUUUUCAGGGGAUCAAAAUUUCAGCUAAAUUAGUAUAAACCCAGAAAACCCUUUUCUUUUUUGACCUUAAAUUGUUGAAAUUUAGACAAAGUUUUCUACUUUAUUUACUGGGUUCGUUGAAAUUUGUUUCCUUUUUAAAAAAGAAUCAACCUUUUGAUAAUAAUCAAUGGCUUUGAUUCAUAGAAUCAGUAAGAAUUACGAAUUCUCACUUUCUGUUGUGGAAAUGGCAAGAAUUUUGCUAAGAAUCAAUUAUUCUACGCUUUUAUGGUUGUGGUUGGGUGUUUUCUUCUUUGAAAAUCAUGAAGGAAAACCCCGGAUUUUCUAGUGUUUGUUCUUCCCUUUUUUUCUUUUUCUUGUGUUUUACACCUUAAGAUACAUAAUUUCAUAAAUACAUAGCUAAAAAAAGUUGGUUGAAUUUGUUUGAUAUAAAGUCAUGUAUAAUAUGAGGGUUAGAACCCAAGUUGGAGGAGCAACUUCUCAGAAAAGUUAUGUGGAAAUUGAUCCUUCUGGUCGUUAUGGACGUUUUAGAGAAGUUCUUGGAAAAGGAGCCAUGAAGACUGUCUAUAGAGCAUUUGAUGAGGUGCUUGGAUUGGAGGUAGCUUGGAGUCAAGUAAUGUUGAAUGACGUUCUUGGUUCUCCAGAUGAACUGCAGCGGCUCUACUCUGAAGUUCAUCUGCUGAAGAGCCUUCAACACGAGUCUAUCAUACGGUUCCACAGUUCAUGGAUAGAUAUUGAUAAGAGAACUUUCAACUUCAUUACUGAAAUGUUUACCUCUGGAACUUUGAGAGAAUAUAGGCAAAAGUAUCACCAAGUAGAUAUACGAGCAAUCAAAAAUUGGGCACGCCAAAUCCUUCGUGGUCUUGUCUAUCUGCACAGCCACGAUCCUCCGGUGAUACACAGAGACCUCAAGUGUGAUAACAUUUUUGUCAAUGGCCAUCUUGGACAGGUGAAGAUUGGUGAUUUGGGAUUGGCAGCUAUUCUUCGUGGUUCACAGUAUGCCCACAGUGUUAUAGGGACUCCAGAAUUCAUGGCACCAGAAUUGUAUGAGGAAAAAUACAAUGAACUUGUAGAUGUAUAUUCUUUUGGAAUGUGCGUCUUAGAGAUGCUUACUUCUGAAUAUCCUUACAGCGAAUGCUCAAAUCCAGCCCAGAUCUACAAGAAAGUCACAGCGGGAAAGAAGCCGGAGGCUUUUUACCGCAUACAAGAUAUGGAAGCCCAACAGUUUGUUGGAAAAUGCUUGGAAACUGUUUCAAAGAGGUUACCAGCCCAUGAGCUGCUCUUGGAUCCAUUUCUGGCGACUGAUGAUAAUCUCCUGCCAUUGCCAGAACGGCCUCUUCGAAUAUACUCCCCAAAAGGAGUUUUGGUUGAUAUGCCUUUUCUGCUUGAUAAUCCUAUUAGGAACACUGACAUGACAAUCACUGGAACUUUGAAUCCUGAAGAUAACACCCUUUUUCUGAAGGUGCAGAUCUCUGAUAAAGAUGGUUGUGUCAGGAAUGUUCACUUCCCGUUUGACAUCAUUUACGACACGGCAAUGGAGGUUGCAACUGAAAUGGUGAGGGAGCUUGAUAUUACUGACUGGGACCCCCACGAGAUUGCUGAUAUGAUCGAGGAGGAGAUCUCCACUUUAGUUCCAAGAUGGAAGGAUUUGAAGUCACCCAAAUGUCAGCAGCAUUACAGUUUUAACUUUAACAAACAUGAUGACGAAAAUGGUCCUCCCGGCCUGUCUUCCUGUUCACCAUCCCAUGACUCUGCUCGUGGCUCCUCCAAGUCAUGUGAAGUACCAUGCUCUCAUAAGAAUCCCUUGAAUGCAAAUCAGGACUGGCUUCAAGGAUGUAUAGAUUAUAUCGAAGAUACAUAUUCAGAAAGCUCAUGUACUUCAAGCACUUGCUCAGACUUUGCGUAUUCUUUGCUGAAUAGUUCUGAAGCAAGGGAUGCCAUCUCAAAUACAAAAACUGAGGAAUAUACUAGGUUCUGUCCCCAAGAAAACACGGUUUCUAAGUGUGAUGAAAAGUCCAACGGCUUUUUGGGUACCCGGUUUAAGGGUAUGAACACUAGUGGGCACAAGAAGCUUAGCAAGUUACGUUCGUUCAUGGACAUCCGUAGUCAGUUGUUAAAUCGAGGCUUGAUGCAGGCGAUGAACAAGCGACGUGCAGCUAAGACAGUUGGUGCUGUGGAAAACAUCGGGUUUCAUGAUCCUAGCUGACCUUACUUCUCAGAGGGAAUUGCAAAAUAGAAGAUAUCCGGUGCUAUAAUAUUUACUACUUCACCUUAAUUUAUGUUUCAAUCUGUCUCAAAAUAAUAUUAAAGAGUAGGCGGAGUUUUGGCAAAUUAAAAAAUAAACAUAAAAAAAAAUUGAGAAGAAAUAUUUUCAUGCACUAGUUGAAGUACUCAGGUCUAUGUUGCUCGGGUUUCAUGUCGGAAUCUAGUAUGUGUCUGACUCGACUGUUUUAAGAAAUAUAUUCACGGUAUUGGUCGAAACAGUGUCGGAGUGUCCACACUAAUGGUUUGAGUGUCGAAAGUUCGACAAAAGUACUUGAGAUAAAAUGAAGAUUCUGAGUAACCUAGCCAUGGUUUAAGGUUUCAGCUAAGUCUGAGUGGGCUGAUUAUUUUGGAGUAUGCUUCCAUGAUGUUUGUUACAUAUCCUAUUAUAGCUAGUUUAUUAUGUAAAUUUGAUUUGUUAUGUUUUAUAUGAGCUUCCUCUUCAUUCCCCAAGAAAGAUAUAGAAAACCUCAAUAAAGGGGGCACGAAAGAGGAAAGUAUGAUGUAUUGAAUCAAUGUGAAGUGGUUAGUGCUGUAAAUAGUGGUUGGUUACAUCAAUAGUACGUUUUUUGUGAAUAAUAGUUUGAUGUUAAUAUGCCA